GCAUCACCCUGUAUCUUGGGUGAAAAUACAGAACAACGACUGAUAGUAUAAAUAAAGGCGGCAUCACACUCUUUACAAUUUCUACCUGGAUAAUACAAGAUGCCGACUUACAAGGUUAUAUACUUCGAUUCAAAGGGUCGGGGAGAGACUAUUAGACUGGCGCUGACAGUGGCAGGACAGGACUUCGAGGACGUGAGAUAUGUAAAAGAAGAAUGGGAGAAAGUCAAACCGACUUUUCCACAGAAACAGUUGCCAUGCCUACAGGUUGAUGGUCGUUAUAUUCCACAGUCUGGUGCCAUCAUGAGAUACGUCGGAAGAGCGUUCGGGUUAUACGGUGCCAAUAAUGACGAGAGCACGGGUAUUGAUGUCAUUUUGGGGGCCACGGAUGAUUUUGUAAAACAUGUAAUCACUGCGACCUACGAAAAAGAUGACGCAAAGAAAGCCGAGCUGAAGAAAGACAUAGAACAAAGUAAAGUUGUGCAGUACAUGGAUAUUUUGGAGGAAAUUCUGAAGGAAAACAAUGGAGGGGACGGAUUCUUUGUAGGGGACAAGAUUUCAGUGGCUGACAUUCUCGUUUUUGACAUGUUGGACCAGGUCACUGCUAUGAUUACGCUUCCGGCUUUCCCACCCAAACUAGGUGCUUUGAUUGACAGAGUGAAGACCUACCCAAAAAUUAAAGAGUAUCUUGCUAAAAGAAAGUAAAUGAACAACACAAACAAUACAGUUUUAUAUGGCAGCUCAGGGAAUCUUUUGUUUGGAGUUUGGAGAAAGGCUGAUAGUAGUAGAUACUGAUUUCAAUAGUCAACAUUAAUAGUGUAGUUCCAUUAUUGAGAUUUCUUCUAUGUGCCAUGCAUUGUAUCAUUUAUGAACAUUUCAUUUGCUGUUGUAAAGGACCCUUGUCGAUAUCAUACACAGUAUGGUCUAAUCAUAUCUAAGUCAAUAAAGAAUAUGUAAAUGUA